AUGCAUUUCGACUCAACGCUGCCCACGGAACUACUGAUCACUCAAAAUGUCACCAACACAUUCCAUAUAUCUGGUGAGUCUUCGGCCGGGGCGGGAAUCUCUGUUCCCCCUGGGGAUCCAAGCCCAGCUGCGAGCUCGGGGAUAACAGCCCGUUCGAGCGCAUCAAAACGGAACAUGCUAUUUCAAGAGCAGCUGGGCCAACACGAGACGACUCGUUUCUCUGCUGUCUUUGUUGAAAACCAAGAUAGCUUUGGCGCUGUGAUGCUUGAUGCCACGAACUCCGACCACCACGAGUCAGGCCGAGAGCCUGAUGUAAUGGCCCGGUCUCGCGUGGAGUUGGCCGUUAGGACACUGCUCAACUUCCCCACAGCUCGUACAUGUGAGAUGUUGAUGACAGGAAUCCAUCAUAUCUAUGAUGUAUGGCUAUCACCCACCAUGAUCCAGCAGUGCUUGAAACAAGUAUGGGCAGAAUACGGCAGUGAGCUAGGGGAGCCUCGGACGCGGGAAUCUGUAUUGAGAGUGGCAAAUGAUCUAUUUCUCACCCACAAAAGGCCCCACUCAACACCUGAUUGCGAUACCGCAAGCAAUUCCGACCAUGCUUCCUGGAUAAACUGGUUUGGUGGACCUCAUCUACGAUGGGAAAUGAUCGGGAUCCUCUUCAGUUGGGCUGGGAUUGCGUUCAGAUGCAAACAAGAGUGGGACCCAGUAUUUAAUCUACCCGAGCAGUAUGGGCGGAAUCGCAACACUGCCGCAGACAAGAUGAGAGAGUGUGCUGCUGCCUGUGUGAGGCUUUGCGAAGGGAACUUUGAGAUCACCGAUACCAUGGUUAUUUGCAUGAAGAAUAGCACCAGACUGCAAAGCAUCAUUAUCAGUGACGAGAGUGACCGCGUACGAGUCGACUACGGAACUGUCCGCAGUGCUUUCAUAAGUGCAGGGUUGCACCGCCUCUCUCCUUCAAAGGAAAUCACCCCAUUUUCUCAACACCGAGCAUCACUCGCUUCGUCGAUGUAUUACCACGACAAAUGUCACAGUUUGUUCAAUGCGCGACCACCUAUGCUCAGUAAUCAUUACUGUCAAUGCCCUCUCCCACUCGAUUUAUGCGAGGAAGAUGUAUAUGGGGGCCGCGAAAGACUCACCAUGGCCAUUGGGAAGCUUGACUCAAAUGGUUGGAACACCAAUGGUCGCAUAUACACAACAACCUGGCUUCGAGCAUUGACGAUGCUUAGUCCUAUCCGGGAGGGAAUCCUGGAACUAACACUUAGUGUUAAUUCGAAUUUUACAAAAUCGCAGGUUGAAGACCUACAAGUUCAGUUAGGGAAGAUAGUUGCUUCAUAUCCUCAGCAUAUUCAGUAUCAGGGGAACUCCGAGUGGCACCCGCAGUCAGGUUCACGACUCCAUGAACGGAGUGCCCAUGAAGUCUAUGUUAUCACCCGCAUACAACUUGAUGUAUUGCAAUGCCAGUUCCUCCUCCAGCGCCUACUUGUAUCGCGAAAAUUCAGUGGGGGCCAGAACUUGUUCAAUAUCGCCCAAGAGACAAUGUCUGUUAUCCUGUCUCUCUGGCUUAACCGCGAUCAGCUACAGGAAUUCCACCAUGCCUUUGACUGGAUUACAGUAUCAUAUGGAAUGCCCUGUGCGGGGAUUUUAUGUGUCGAGCUUCUCCGAGCAAGUAAUCUAGUACCACCUGCCACACAAAGCGAGGUCCCAGCGACGACCGACAGUCACGAUUGUGUUAGAUUCUCACGGUCAGAAGUCGUCCAAACUCUGGUUAUGUUCAGAGCCUUACUUGACUGGAUACGGCCUACGGAUAACAAUGCGCAGCUCAGCAAGAAGUUCAAGACAGUUCUACAGAGAAUCAUUGACGCUGUGUUUGAUUCUUUGGGGUCGUCGUGUGGCAUGCAAACACAAGGGAUGCCGAACGAACAGCAGCCCCAGAGACACUAUGGUCCGCAAGAUCAGCAGUCUCCAGGGCAAAAUCUACCCACUGCGACGGGAAGAGAGCAUGACAUUGAUCCUGAGAUGAACACAUUUGAUGAUAUGGAUUGGCUGAACACCGUUGAUUGGACUCAGAAUGGCUGGCUUGAACAAAGUAAUCCACCUUUUCCGUAUUAA